AUGAUUAAAGCUGCUAACUUUGCUGGGUCCCAAGCACACAAGGUAAAAACACUUUAUCGUGUGGAGUGUUCAGACUGCUCUUUUACUGAAAAGGUGGGUGGCGGCCCCCCGGUGUACCUGGCGGCCGUGCUGGAGUACCUGACGGCCGAGAUCCUGGAGCUGGCGGGCAACGCGGCCCGCGACAACAAGAAGACGCGCAUCAUCCCGCGCCACCUGCAGCUGGCCAUCCGCAACGACGAGGAGCUCAACAAGCUGCUGGGCAAGGUGACGAUCGCGCAGGGCGGGGUGCUGCCCAACAUCCAGGCCGUGCUGCUGCCCAAGAAGACCGACAGCCACAAGGCUAAAGCCAAGUGAACGCCCAAGGGAAAGGCCGCACGUUGUCUCUUCCGGAGAAAAUAAUCCAAAGGCUCUUUUCAGAGCCACCCACAAAAUCUUAAGAGAGCUCAGUUAUCCGUACUAUAGUUAAGUCGGUUUAUAUGAAUUACUCGACCCGUGUUUUUGUCUUAUUUUCUCUAUGUUUAUUGACAGUAUUUUUGGCUUGGUAAUAGUAGCAACGCUUUCCAUGUUUUUGUUAAGGCAAAGUCCUG